AAAGGGGGAGGGGCUGAUUAGCGAUGACGUCAGUCGCCCCUUUUCAGCGCUUCGCCGGAGCGAGAGCUGAGAAGAAGACGAUGCUGCGAGCAGUGGUUGUUAGUGCUUUUUUUCUGGUCGUUGUUUCGGCCCAGCGGCCUUCAAGAUGCGUGUCUCCACCUCAAUGGGAGGGCAGGUUGAUCGAGAUUGACCCCAGCAAGAUGUUUGAGAGGCGGGCCAACCUCUCGUACGAUGCCACCAACAAGCGGGUGCGCACCAUUGACGAAAUUGAGGAGGGCUCGGAGCGCGAUUUCUAUGAUGAAAUCUCGCUGUUCGAGAAAAAAGUCCACUACAGUGUAAACCUGAAGACAAAGCAGUGCAACAAGACAGCACUCGAUAAGGAGUUUCGUCCAGUUGAAGUACCACUCUUUGCAAACUUCACUGAUGAAGUGUACCUGGGCAUUUCGGGCCUUAUUGGUGCAGGAGUGCUGGAAAACAUUUUUCAGGGAAAUGAUGCAGACAAAGGUCGCUACUCUGGAGCAUGGACAGAGUUGUAUUGCAUUCCUGUUACCGACACCUACCUCAGCAUGAGUACUGGAUAUGUUCACUGGAGUUUCUAUGAUGUCAGCCCUGGUAUUAAAAAUGUGAAUGUCUUCAACCCACCUCCAGAGUGUCAGUAG